AUGGCUAUUGAGCUCCAAUUGGACUUGCCAGCUGCGGCUAUGACGAUAAAUGGGCUGGGAGAUUGCACUGAGACUUUGAAGCUCUUCCGGGAGUGCAGUUUGGAGCAAGUUAGGGACUAUGAUCUAGAGCUAGCGUCAAAGAUAGAUAAGACGAAGGAGAAAUUCAGAGAGGAGCUGAGAACCCACUACAAGGAUGUUCUCAAGGUUACCGGGGAAGUCGACCGUUUACAUAGGGAGCUGAAGUCUGGGGAUGCACUGUUUAUGGACUUGUGCUUUAAGGACGAUCUUUUCAAGCUGACCAAGCUGCCGGAGUUCCAGGGCACUGCUGAUGUGGGCACUCUCGGAGCCAGCUCCUCUACCCCCUUUAGUGAGGCGCCGUCUCAGCCCGUUUUGGCUGUUUCCCAAUGGGUGCUGGCCGUAUCCGAUAUGAUCUCGCGGUUUGCGACGUCCUACUCUUCUUCCAAGCUGUUCGAUAGCGUAAUGCAGGGGUUUGACGGUCUGAAAUCUGUGCAGGACCGCUUGGAGGGCUAUCGAGAGGUCAUCCGCAACAAAUGCGACGCAUUUCUGCGGUUUGCAUGCUCACCGGAGGCAUCAUUCAGCAUAUCGCAGCGCAUACAAGUAUACAACCUUGCAGUUGUGGAAAGCGAUAGACAUCUUCCCUGGGAUCCAGACCUGGUUAGCAAGCUGGAACAACAGACAUUCGAUUUUAUCCUCCAGAACCAUCUCGACGACACGCUGCGUAGUAACGAUGAGUUGAUCUCCAGCUUUGUAGCUGCCGAGCAGUUUAAGCAGAAGUUGAGCAGUAAGUUGAAAGCAGAUAUCAGUACCCAAUUAGUAAGGCUCGAUGGAAUCUUAGACGCCAGGCAAGAGGAUCUGAUACCAUCCGACCUUCCGACCCUGUCUACAACAGGCAUUCAGGAGCUGGUUCAGGAUUCCCAGUACUACUGUAUGGGCCUCGUUACAGACCGACAGGUUGAAUGGUACAAGGCAAUUGUUUAUCUGAUAGACUUGAUCGAGAAGCUGGAGCGAUAUGGCGGCGAGUCGCUGGCAAAGGAACUGCGAGAGGAAUUGAUCGGGAAUUUACAGAAAGGCUGCGCUGCCGCACGAUCUGACGAGAAACCGGCAUCAAUCAGAGGCUUGGUCUCGAAGAUUAUGGACGACUUCAACCGUGAGAGCUUCAACCGGACGAUCCAGUCUACAAUACAGUCGUUGACCGCGUAA